AUGGGUCUUAAAGUGAUGAAUAUCAUGGCGAUAUUCAUGUUCUUGUUGCUAGCAGCUACAGCUAAUGCCCAGCCCCGUACCAUCUUUGACGUGACGAGCGCAACAUAUGGUGGAAAGCCUAAUUGUGAUAUUACAGAUGCCUUAGCACACGCUUGGAGAGAUGCUUGUGCUUCACCAUGGCCGAGCAGACUCGUUGUUCCAAGCGGCACAUACCGGUUAAGAGGAGCAAACUUUAAAGGUCCUUGCAACGCUCCUAUUGAGGUGCAAAUCCAAGGAACGUUGCAAGCUCCCGAAGAUGGCCACCAACUCGUGAACUCGGAUUCCUGGGUUGCUUUUCAGUACAUUGACAGGCUCUUCUUAACAGGAGGAGGAACUUUUGAUGGCUCCCAAGGUCGGAAUAAUUAUCGUGCCAUUAACGUGAGGUUCGACUUCGUCACCAACUCGGCAAUUCAGGACAUAACUUCCCUUGACAGCUCAGGUUUCCACUUCAACGUUUUUAUGUGCCAUGAUCUUACAUUCCAGCGUUUAACCAUCCAAGCACCAAAGAAGAGCUCGAAUACAGAUGGAAUCCACAUUGCACGUUCAUGGAGAAUCAACGUAACCGAUACAGACAUCGGAACCGGAGAUGAUUGUAUCUCCAUCGGUGAUGGCACUAAGAAGCUCAUAGUAACCAAUGUUAAUUGCGGACCAGGCCAUGGAAUAAGCGUUGGAAGUCUUGGAAAGUAUAGUGAUGAACAACCGGUGUAUGGCCUCGUUGUCAGGAACUGCACCUUCACGAACACAACAAAUGGUGUGAGGAUCAAGACAUGGCCGGGGUCUCCCGUUACCGGUUUGGCCUCACACAUACACUUCGUGGAUAUUACAAUGAACAAUGUGCAGAACCCCAUCAUAAUAGACCAAAACUACUGCCCAGGGCAUACUUGCAAUCAACAGGGUCAGUCGAACAUUAAGAUUAGUAACAUCAGAUUCAGGAACAUCAGAGGCACAUCUGCAUCUCAAGUUGCCGUCAACCUCGCAUGUAGUCAGACCUUACCAUGUGAGAUGGUGGAACUGAUAGGCAUUGAUCUCGCAUACAGUGGAGAACACAAUCGACCUAUCUUAUCUCAAUGUACUAAUGUCGUCAAUCCCACAAUUGUUAACGUGAGGGACGCUCUUGCUUGCAAAGUGCAGACUACCGAACUAGAUUAA